AUGCAUUCAGCUAGCUUCCUUGUUUUCACAAUUUUGAUUUUAAGUGUUUUCGGACAAGAAAUUCCAGGUUUGUUCAAAUUCUACACGUAAUGUUAAAAUAUCCCACUGUUUCAGACCAAACUGCUGGAAGUGGUUCUGGAGAAGAACCAUCAAUCUCUAACCAACCAGAAGGAACUAACCAAACAGAAGGAUCAGGUAUUGAAGCAAAUGAUUCAACGUUAACUCCGGAAGAAACUACACCAGAAGUUAUUUUUGAAACAACUGCGGUCACAACUGAAUCCCAUGCAUCACAGGAAUCUACACCAUUCGAGACAACAACAAGAGCGACCGAUUCUGAGAAUAGAACCACUACGACAUUCUUGAAUUUGACAGAAACUACAGAAUCCCCGGAAUCUACUACAGUGUACUUUGAGACUACAAACACUUACACCACUGGGGAAUUGGAGACAACAGAAUCUGAAGGAGAAAUCACAGAUGAAACUGACGGAACCACAGUCGAAGAAUCGACUGAAACAUUUCCAUAUCCAAGUGUAACAUAUGCGCCUACUUCCAACUCUACCGAAACCGAGGACAAAGUCCAAAACUCCUCAACAUCAAUAUCCGCAGUUUUUUCAGUACUCACAGCUCUUGUUUUAUUGGCAAAACUGUAA